AUGCACAAGAUGGCUUCAGCCAAGCAACUAUCAGAUAGUCUAGAAUGCCCGAUCUGCCAUGAUCUACUCUGCAAUCCUAAAAUUCUGCCAUGUUCACAUUCUUUUUGCACAAGUUGUUUGAACGAAUUUCAUUCUUAUCAACAAGCUGAUUUGGAGAUACGUUGCCCAGUGUGUCGUCGAGGUGUAACUGUGCCGCGAAACGACGUAUCCAACUUUCCGACAAAUCAGAUUGUCAAGUCCCUCGUCGAAGAUUUCAAAAGGAGAUCCGAUGCUAAGGCUGAACGUAUCAAAGGGAGCGGAGCAAUCGCCAUUCAAACUUGCACGGUUUGUCAUGGUGAUGAUCAAGACCUAGCAACCUACUACUGCCAGAACUGUACGGAGUUCCUUUGUGAAGAUUGCUUGCAACACCACGAUAGAUACAAGCGGAAUACAUACCAUGAGACGGUGAAAGUUAGAGAUAUUGAGGCAGGAGUUGUCAAAAAGAAAUUCACAUGCCCUGAACAUCCACAGGAACUGCAGCAGUUCGUGUGUACUACAUGUCUGGUUCGGAUCUGUUGCAGAUGUCGGGAGGUCAAACACAAGGAAGAUCGGCAUGAAGUCGUCGAGAUGACUGGGUAUGAAGAAAUUCAAGAAAAGACAAUAGAUUGUCUUUUACUGAAAAUAGAACAAACCUCUGUUGAUAUUCAAAACAACAUAACGUUUGUGAAUAAGAAGCUCCGAAAAGUGAAAAACAUUGUAUCUCAACGACGACAAAAACUUAUAAGUACUUACGACUCUGCAGAAGAACAAUUGCGAAGAAGGAGAGAUGAAUUAUUCGAAGAAUGCAAUAUGUAUGGCAACACACUCUGUCAGGAGUUAGAAGAAAUAAUUGGUAGGCAUUACAACUUCCUAGAUACUCUAACUGCUCAGGCUACACUUGUAACCGACGGUCUAACAAGCCUACAUCAGCCAGACCAAUUACUAUCUAAACAGGCAAGGCAAGUUGAAGGUCUUGACAUUUUUCUGGAAGAAGCUGUUCCCUCGCUUUUGUCCAAGUCAUCACGCGUAGCACAUCGUGCAGAGUCUCUUACUUUUUGUCCGGCUGCUACCACAAGUUUUGACUUAGGUACGUUCCAUAUAGAGGAAUGGUUCCCAGAAGAAGACCAAGAAGACAUCGGUGGUGAAGAGGGAUGGGUGUUUAUCCCCGUGGGUGAAGGAACGAACUGCUUAAAUCAGACAGAGACAAUGAAUGCAACUUGUGUACCUAUGGGAGAACAAAGCGAAGGGGCUUCUGUUGAGUCCUUGCCAGGAAGUAAGAAGGCUCCGUUGCGUUCUUUCUUUGCAAGUCUUUCCACAAGAAUAAAACGCAGAACUAGAAUUCGAGACCAGCUGCUGCAGUGA